UAUUUUCUUUUUCGAUAUUUAAUUUCACUUAAAUCAUUUUUUUCAAUCUAUAAUUUUAUUUAAAUAAUAUAAGAAUUUAUUGAUAUAGCGAAGAAACAUUAUAAGUCUAUUAUUAAGAAUAGUAAUAAUCUUUUAAAAUCUUUUGUUUUCUUUUUUAAGAAUGGAAUCUCGGACAGAAUUCAAAAUAAAAUCUCCUCCAACUGAUGCGAUUUCGGCAGUAGAAUUUGGACGGAAUUCAACACAAUUUCUUCUUGUUUCUUCAUGGGAUAGUACAGUGCGCUUGUAUGAUAUUCAUACAAAUACUAUGAGAUUAAAAUAUAAUCAUGAUUUACCAGUUUUAGAUGUUGCAUUUCAGGAUGCUGUACAUGCUUAUAGUGGAGGUUUAGGAAAUACAUUAAAGAUGUAUGACAUAAAUAGUAAUACUGAAUCAGUCAUGGGAACACAUGAUAAACCAAUUAGGAAAAUUGAAUAUUCUGCCGCAGUCAAUGCAAUAUUAACUGGAGGAUGGGAUGCAGCAGUAAAACUUUGGGAUCCUAGAACACCUACUUGUGUAGGUAGUUAUUUACAACCUGAUGUUGUUCUUGCUUUGUCUGUAUGUGGAGAUAAGUUUGUAGUUGGUACAGCUAAACGCAAAGUUUGUAUUUGGGAUUUGAGAAACAUGGCUGGUAUGUUUCAAAGACGUGAAAGCAGUUUAAAAUAUCAAACACGUUGUAUUAAAGGUUUUCCUAAUGAGCAGGGAUAUGUUCUUAGUAGCAUAGAGGGUCGUGUUGCUGUUGAAUAUCUUGAUACAACACCAGAAGCACAAAAAAAGAAAUAUGCUUUUAAAUGUCAUAGGAUAAAGGAAAAUAAUGUAGAACAUAUAUAUCCAGUGAAUGCUAUUAGUUUUCAUUCAACUUAUAAUACAUUUGCAACUGGUGGUUCAGAUGGUUAUGUGAAUAUUUGGGAUGGUUUUAACAAAAAACGUUUAUGUCAAUUUCAUAGAUACAAUGCUGGUGUUGCUGCUCUUAGUUUCAGUCAUGAUGGUUCUGUACUUGCUAUAGGAGUAUCAUAUUUGAAUGAAGCUGAAAUUCCACCAGGUGGAAAUGAUGAAAGAGAAAUUUAUAUAAGAUAUGUGAAUGAUCAAGAAACUAAACCUAAAUAAUAUUGUACAAAGUUUUUUAUAUAAAAAAAAAAGAAGUAAAAAUUUUUUAACUAUACUUUGCUUUAUCAAAGCAAAA